GGCGUAGCGCACACCCGGAAGCAGCGGCUGGAGCCGAGCGGGCCGCAAUGAGUGGGGAGCCGGGGCCGCCGUCGGUAGCGCCCCCUCCCGGGGAGAUCGAACCGGGCAGUGGGGUCCGCAUCAUGGUGGAGUACUGUGAACCCUGCGGCUUCGAGGCGACCUACCUGGAGCUGGCGAGUGCCGUGAAGGAGCAGUAUCCUGGCAUCGAGAUCGAGUCGCGCCUGGGGGGCACAGGGGCCUUUGAGAUCGAGAUCAAUGGACAGCUGGUGUUCUCUAAGCUGGAGAAUGGGGGCUUUCCUUAUGAGAAAGAUCUCAUUGAGGCUAUCCGAAGAGCCAGUAAUGGAGAACCCCUAGAAAAGAUCACCAACAGCCGUCCUCCCUGCAUCAUCCUGUGACUACACGUGACUACGCUGGUGCCCCUUUGGGUACCAGGAGGGAAUAGAAGCUUCAGUGGUCUUGGGAGUGGGAAUACAGUGUGACUACACUGGUGCCCCUUUGGGUACCAGGAGGCAAUAGAAGCUUCUGUGGUCUUGGAAUGGGAGAGAGACCUUCUCCGUGGACAUUUCCACAGCCACCUUAUACCCCCUUCCCAGGAUCAGUGCCCACAAAAACCCACUCCCCUGUCCAGCUUAGCCAUACCUGUCAGAUGCCACCAUAGUUCUUAUUUUCCACUAGCCCUGGGCAAUGUGAGCUAUUGGCAAUAAAGUGGCACUACAAACACCUA